AUGACUGUCUGCAAGAGCGGCCCAGAGGCAGAGCGGAGCCGAGGGCACCCCCCCCAGCAGCCUGUGUCGGCCCGAGUGGUGUUAAACCUUUCCGAAAAGAGAUAUGACCUUACGAAGCUUAACCCAAAGAUCCUGGACGUGGGCUGGCCGGAACUGCAUGCUCCGCCCCUGGAUCAGGUGUGCACCAUCUGCAAGGCGCAGGAGUCCUGGCUGAACAGCGACCCCCAGCAUGUGGUGGUCAUCCACUGCAGGGGCGGAAAGGGACGCAUCGGCGUGGUCAUAUCAUCCUACAUGCACUUCACCAACGUCUCGGCCAGUGCCGACCAGGCCCUCGACAGGUUUGCGAUGAAGAAGUUCUAUGAUGAUAAAGUUUCAGCUUUAAUGCAGCCUUCCCAGAAACGGUACGUGCAGUUUCUCAGCGGGCUCCUGUCGGGGUCGGUGAAGAUGAACGCCUCGCCACUGUUCCUGCAUUUUGUCAUCCUGCACGGCACUCCCAACUUCGACGCGGGCGGAGUGUGCCGGCCCUUUCUGAAGCUCUACCAAGCCAUGCAGCCCGUGUACACGUCCGGGAUCUACAACGUUGGCCCGGAAACCCAGAGCAGGAUCUACAUCGCCAUCGAGCCUGCCCAGCUGCUGAAAGGGGACAUCAUGGGUCCAACAGGCCUGGGCUGUGGUCCCACCUCCGCCUCCCAGCAGGUUCCUGACCUCGGCCAGUUUCAGAUUCUCGUGGAGCAUCAGCUCUUGCUGCACACGCAGGGCCCCGUCGAUGGCAGUCUUUAUGCCAAGGUGAGGAAGAAGAGCGCCUCGGAUCCCGGCGUCCCCGGAGGGCCCCCUGCUGUCCCCGCCGCCGGCAGCCCAGACCACGGCGACCACACCCUGUCGGUCAGCAGCGACUCCGGCCACUCCACCGCCUCUGUCAGGACCGACAGGACCGAGGAGCACCUUGCCCUGGGGCCGAGGCGGGGCCUGAGCCCCCAGGAGAAGGCCGAGCUGGACCAGCUGCUCAGCGGCUUUGGCCUGGAAGAGUCUGGAAGCCCCAUCAAGGAUAUGACCGAUGCUCCCAGCAAGUACAGCGGGACACGCCACGUCGUACCUGCUCAGGUGCACGUGAACGGGGACGCCACGCUCAAGGACCGGGAGACGGACAUCCUGGACGACGAGAUGCCCGGCCAUGACCUGCACAGUGUGGACAGCAUCGGAACCCUGUCCUCCUCGGAGGGCCACCAGUCGGCCCACCUGGGCCCCUUCACCUGCCACCAGAGCAGCCAGAACUCCCUCCUGUCGGACGGGUUUGGCAGCAACCCCAGCGAAGAUGCCCACGGCAGCCUCGCCCCUGACCUGAGCCUCGGCGUGGACCCCCCCCUGUAUGAGCGGGAGCGGGCGUUCGGGAUCCGAGACUCCAAGCAUCCGCAGCCGGUGCUCCGGAGGCCCUCUGUGUCCUCCCAGACGCAGGCCUACGGACAGAGCGGCUACUCCACGCAGACCUGGGUGCACCAGCAGCAGAUGGUGGCCGCCCACCAGUAUAGCUUCGCUCCCGAUGCCGAGGCCAGGCUCGCCGGCCGCGGCCCGGAGGACGGCUCCGGCCUGGGGCAGGCCCAGCCCAGGGUUCCGGUCACCCCCACCCGGGGGGUGGGCGGCAGAGUGGCCCUCCAGAGGGGCAUGGGCCCCGCGCCCCCUGUCCCUGAUGCGCAGCGGCCCCCUCCCGGCAAAGCGUUCAAGCCCAGAUUUCCAGACGUCAGAGUCGUGAACGGGACUGGACCGGAGCCGAGCGCGGACCCCUCCCCAGGCUCACCCACCCUGGACAUCGACCAGUCCAUUGAGCAGCUCAACAGGCUCAUCUUGGAGCUGGACCCUACUUUUGAGCCCAUCCCCACCCACAUGAACACGCCGGGCAGCCAGGCCAACGGCCCCACGCCCCCCGACAGCGUGGGCGGCAGGCUGCGGGCGAGCGGCCUGCAGGACGCGGGAGAGGGCCCGGGCAGGGCCUCCGUGCGGCAAGGCUCCUCGGGGGACGAGCCGCUGGGCGGAAGGUUCCGGAAGCUGAGCCUCGGGCAGUAUGACAACGAUGCUGGGGGGCAGCCGGCCUUCUCCAAAUGUGGAUGGGGAAAGAUCCCCGGUGCGGACCAGGCCACAGGUCUGGCGCCUUUCCUGUCUCCAGCAGACGCCAAGGAGACGGUGGCCGCCGCGUACCCCCCAGACCCCAACGGGAUCAGCAGCAGGACCUUCACUCCAACCAAGGGUGGCUCUGACUCGGCCUCUCCCACGCCGGCGUUUCCCGUGUCUCCAGAAACACCGUAUGUGACGACACCCCCACAUUAUCCGCCGUUCACCCCACCUGGGCUGCAGGGGGGCAGCACCGGCGGUCUGUACAGAGGAGCUCACGCGGGCAAGGGGAAGGGUCGUGGGCGCUCAGAGCACAGUGUCCAUGGUUUCAGCUCCUCCUACUGUGUCGUGGAGCUGGAAGAAGACGCUGGAAUGCCUGCCCUGCCCUUUACAGAGGAGCUGGGGCUUGCGGGGUGGUAUUUAGAGGCCACCGGGGACGUUGGUCCCUUCACUGGUGGCAAUGAAGAUGAUCGACAGGCAAUGGCAGAGCCCUUGCUGGAGAUCUGCGUGCGGGUCACCGGACGUCUCGUCUGUGUGGUCCCAGAGCCCCCUCUACACUCGCGGGAGAAGCCUGCAAUCUGCACGAGUGAACCCCUGCCCCCCGCCCCCGCCAUCUCAGCACCUUCCCUGUGA